AAAAAUUAUGUUCACAGAGUAACCCUAUUACGAAGCCAAGGUGUUUCUUAAAUCUUAUAAUGAUGCUAUAUCAUGUUUAAGGUAAGCUAAUUAUCAUAGUAAUUUAAUAGAGAGGCAGCUGAAUAAAAAGCUCAUGUUGAAUUCUAGGAACAUGUACUCUAAUCACUUGCAACAGCUCGUACCAGAUAGGAGGUAGAAAUCUUUAAUAUUUUAGUUGGAUGUGAGAGAUGGUUAAGUAGUACCAGGAUUAAAUUUUGGGUAAUCAAAGUAGACUAAGCUCUUCUAAUUUUCAAAGUAUUUAUUUAUCAUAAAUGUCAAGUCAUGUGUUUGCAAAAUAUUUCAAAGGAUUUGAGGAAUACAGCGGCAAUUUCAAGGGCUUCCAAUAGGUUAUAACAGAGGGACUUAAAAAAUUGAAGUCAGAUGUGAAAUGAAAUAUGAAUAAUGAAUAUAUAUUCAUUAUCUAAAAAAAGAUAAUUAUAUAUAUGGAUAGAAUUAAUAAUGCUAAUUGAGUGCCUAUUAAAUAGGAUUGAAUCUUGG